AUGACUAGGGUAGUAGCCACGGUUCAACCCUGGUCGCAUGCCAUCGAAUCGGUGGCCAGAAUCGGUCGCCAUUGGAUUCGUCUCGACCACUACUCAGCGACACGAGUGCAGCGCAUCGCUAGCGACCACUUUGAAUCAUUCUUUUCGUCCUACUCAUCCUCCCCUAGCUGCAACGAGGCCUAUCUGUGCUUCGAGAGCACAGAGACACGAAAUGCCUGGAUUACUGCGAUUAGAGCCGCCUUAGAUGCGGAAAAAGCGCGUCUGAGCCUCAGUUAUUCAGUUUCUGAUGCUACUGAUGCCACCACUGGCAACGCAAAUGGUGCUGCGAUGACUUUAGAAGUGUCUGGGUGUCGAAAGUGGAGCUUUGAUGCACGGCCUUUGGACAGAGACUUAGUACGAAGUUCUCUCCAACGUUUUUCUCAAGAAAACGAACUAUUCGUCAGUCACCAGCGGCGACAAAAUCGUCUUAACCUCCUGUCAGUUUGUCCUGAUCUUCAAAUCCCCUACAACAACCAGCUGCCAAGCGAGUACGUACGUCGUCGACAGCAGACAGCUGAUCUGUUGGAGAGCGUUGAGAACUCGACUUUGGAGGAGUCGCCGAGUGUGCAAAAACUGCUGCCGCAGUGCGCAUGUAGCGAGAGUAAACGACAUUUCUUGGUCACAUGCCUCUCUCUCAAGACAGGACUUCGUGCCUCCAUUGAAGAUGCUACUGGAGCCUGGGAAAUUGAUAAUCCGGAACCGUUUUUUGUCUCCUUCUUCCUUGCCAGCACAGCUGACAGUGGUACCCGUCUAUCCGAAGAUUUCUGUUGGAAUCCCAACUCCCCUUUAGUUGAGGCCAUGUUCUCUCCAGAGGUCUUCCGUCGUCUGCCUUGGCACACUGCCGACACCAUUCCCUUUAUCCAUCACCAGCCUGUUAGUCACCAGCCAGGAGGGAAAACAAUGGCUCCCCCUCCACCUGUACCCCUCAAUCCGCAUGGUUCACUCACUCCUAUGCCCUCAAAGCUGGCCAAGUGUCGAUCCGCGCUUCUCUCACUUGAUCCGGCCAUCCGUGCAAACCACCUCUUCCUUGUAUUCCGUGUGGAUAAAGUACUUGUGGGCGGAAUUAGCCAGGCCGCUGAGAAGUACAUGAAAGCCGCGAGUGGUGGCAUGGACGCAGGAAACGCACCUACCUCAAGUGACCUCAAGUCAGGCGCCGUGCUGCAUAAAUCUAUGCAGUCCUACUCCAAACUCCUCGGUCGCUAUCGAAUGCCCUUCGCAUGGGGCGCCAGGUGGUUGUUCUCGAAAGAGACACAAGUACCUCUGUUCAAAAUGGAUUCCUCUAAGGUUUCCGAACCCUCCCUCCUUCAGUCGGUCCGCCAGCUCGCUCGACUUCUGACCCUCUCCAAGGAAACCUCUUCGGCUGAGGCGAUGAUGGGGACAAGGAAAACGGAGCUGGUCUUGUCACUGACUCCAGCGGUGCUGGAAACCCUGGAAAAAUCGAUAAAAGCUGAGGUGUUACCAAUACAACUCCAUGUGGCAGUGAAUGAAGUCUCGAAUGAAGUUGUCUCUCAAUAUUUGGUCGGUCUAGUGACCUCACAACUGGAGGCAGCACAUUCAAAGCAGAGGAUAGGCGAUGGUGGUAAGAUGCAGAAAGUGGGGCCCAUUAACCUUCUUCAUGUCAACGACUUUUCUCCUGAGGAGGUGGUGAAGGAGGUAGAGGUGUUCGUCACGCGAAAGGUGCGUGUGAUUGCAGGAAAAAAUUCGUAUGGAGCGUUCGAUCCAGUUUUAUUCGACGGUAGCAGCGGCUACAACAACGCACGCAGCAGUUUCCUCCUCUUCGGUGACAACAAACGCAACUCCAUGUCCUCCCUUCGCUCUGAGGUAUCGACUACUUCCACAUCCUCCGCACUAUCGAACGGUUCCACUGCCAAUGGCACCGGCACCGAUUCGGGGUCUGCCAGUCGCUUCCUCCGAUUCUCCGCUGUACUCGCUAAGGCUGCCUCUCUUGAGCUCAGCAGUCUCGUCAGUGGUGUGACUCACGACGGGGCUGGUGCGGAAGGAGUGGUGGGUGCUGCGGCGUCGGCAGCGGCUGCCGCUGCAGUUGAGGAAGCGGGGACUCUGUUCAAUCAGCCCCCCCUCUCACUGGUUGAUCCCUAUCGCAGCUUCGUGCACACUCUCUACAUAUAUCCACAAGCUCUCAACAUGGCUAUUAAACAUUCCUUUGGGAGGGCACGGAAUUUGUGCUGCUUUAUGGAAAUGCGAGAGAGCGAUGCAGUAGACGCGAAACCAUUGAAGGUCUUCUACACCCGUCCUUCCCUAAUUCAACCGGCCUUCGACACAUGGUUCAACACUACUGUGCUGCAUCACGACUCCUCGCCCACCUUCCUUGAUGAGGCAAGUCAUAAAGCGAAAGUGUGUCUUCCGAUAGUGCUGACACGACGGCAUCACCUUCUCUUCCGUUUUUAUCAUGUUCGCUGCGAUCUGGCUACUAAUUCAACUGAAAAGACUUCCUCCACAAAGAAGGCUCUUGAAUCCUCCACUGGCUUUGCUUGGCUUCCCGUACUUAACGAAGAUGGCAGCCUCGUCUCUGGUACUAUCUCGCUCCCCAUCUCCCAGGAUCUUCCCAAUGGGUAUCUUGAUGCAACAGCUAAGUCCACCCGUCGUCCGAUGUCUAAUCACCAGUCAUCUUCGUCCACGAUGGGUAAUGACGUGCGUUUAAGCUCUACCACCUUUGGAAUCGAGCCAGCAUGGCUGGACAACAAGCGACCCCUUUUCACCCUUGCCCUCGAGCCCGUCUCCACAAUGUAUAGCCUGGACGCAAAGUUGGUGUCCUUCUUCGACACGUGUGCCUACAAACUUGCCGUCUACACGGUGCCCGUUGCUACUGAUGCUGUUGCUCCGGUAGGAACAAGGAGUGUUCGUUUCACUACCGACGAUAAGUCGUCCAUCCCCUCACGAUCCCUAUUCCCCUCUGUUGCCAUCUCCCGAAUAAACACCACCACGGGCAAAUUACUGAGCAAUGCUAUUAAAUCGCUCCUGUUGGUGGAGUGCCAUGCAUUGGUUCAGUUUUUUCCCGCACUGGCCAACCAGAUUCUCGAGGUACUGCUGGUCAGCUCUGCAAUGAGUCAAUUGGAGACGAGUACGGCGUCGGUAACAGGAGAUGCUGGCCAGUGGUUGGCGCUUUGCCAGGAUAUGAUUCCUGGUGGGGUGUGCGAUCUUGCCAAAACUGCUGUGGGAACCUUUUCGUUGAUUCUGUGCAUCAUCGAGGAUGCUCUUUCGGGCUCUACCACCACCUUCUCUCCCUCCGCGUCCCUCUUCUCAAAGUCAACCCAAAACUUCACGACAAGACCCGUCUUGUUGAAGAAUUUCCUUGAAUUUUCACUGGACCCCAGCACCCUCUGUUCCUCGGCCUCCGACAUCUACAAACUCCCCACCGCUGGUUCCUGUGCCCACUUUCUCCACCACGCCGUGGUGCGUGGAAUGAUAGCCCUCAUGGUGGAUCCCUCUUGUCCCUCUGAGAUUGCGCACAAAUUCUUUGUUAACGCGUGGUUUUUCUUCAAAGUGAUUAUUAAGUCGUUGGCUCAACACCUCAGCUCCUCCAGUCGAUACAAGUUUGAGCGCAAGGAAUGGGGGCGCUUGUCCGUUGCAUUCAAGACUGAUCUGACGGUCCUUUUACGACUUGUUGGCAAAUGGAUGGUGGAGAUGUGUGCAGAACGCGAUGAAGGGGCUUCAGAAGGCGGUCCUUCCGAUACUGGUUCAACCCGUAGUAGUCAGUCGUCCUCUGUACCGGGUGGUGGUUGUGGUGUCUAUGAUACCCAAGUGGUGGAGACCUCCAACACGCAUUCAAAGGUUGCUAAAACGUUGGGUGCGGAACUGGCUGAUAGUACUGCCGAUUUCCUGGAAAAAUUGCUUCUUCUCAUUGAUCGGGGUUUUGUGCUGCAGCGGUUGAGGGAUUUGCUAACAGUUUUGGAGAUUAGACACAACAUGUCUCCCAUUGAGGUGGAUAAUUUCAACUGUCUUCGCUACCGUCUGUUACAGCGAUUUUCAGAGACCCAGUUCUUUGUCCAGAUCAAUUUGCCUUCACUCAGUCCUCACCUUUCAGAUCGCCGAGAGGAAUUAACUCUAAGUGAACGUUUCUGUAAGGAGCACUUUGUGGUGGGCUUGAGUCUGCAGCAGGUGGCUUGCGUGCUGGCCGGCUGUGCAGACGCGGGAGGUGCAGUCUCCACUCGGAGUUUGCGUCAACCCCUCCUUCUCCUCCUUGCUCAACUCGCUAAGGUGACUUUUGACCCACGCUACGCCACCUCGCGUCGACUGCUCUCGCGCAUUUACAUGCUCUAUCUGCCGCUGGUGAAAAUCGCUCUGGAGAAUAUCAAUGCGCUAGGACCGCCUGGUCUUCAAUUGCGCGAGCUAGAAAAGGUGAGUAGUCAUGGUGUCAGUUCAUUGGGUGAUGCCACCGGUUGUGAUUCACAGUAUCGACUCAAGUCGCGAACGUCGCACAAGCUGCGAAAGCUUCACGGCCACAAUCACAACAGCGGCCAUCAGCAGCCACGACAGACGAACAAGAAGGCCCCGAUAGCGCGUCCAAGCAAUAUGACUACGCUGUCUGAUGGUAGUAUAAGCUCCCUCUCUUGUCCCACUACGUCGGCAUCCAAUUCGUCUAAUUCUUCUUCGGAGCGAAGAUCGAAUGCCUCUUCCAUUUCUUCCUCCUCCUCCACUUUCAUCGGUCCUGAUGGAAAGGUGGCACCGGAGGUACUAAAACAGAUCGCUGGAUUUAAUAAAGGUGGUUCGCUACAGUAUGUGGCACCACGUAGGCGUCUGCCAAACGAAAUAUCAACAACGAUAGCAGCUAAGGCAAAGUUUGGAAGCACAGCGACUCUCACGGAGGGCGGCAGUGGCUGUGUCAACAAAGACGAAGAUGAGGAUUCGGAAAUUGGAAGGGUGGACUCCUCCAAUCACUACUGGUACGCAAAUGAUGGCGGCGACAAUGGUGGUGGGGAUAGCAAUGGUGACUACAACUCCGAUAUUGACGAAAAUGACGAUGAGUGGCCAGAACGAGUGCUUGAAAUGGCGGGCGUCUUGCCCUCGGAAAAGGUCGAUGUCGCCGAUAGUCAAUCGCGCCCUCCGCCACCCUCCAUUGUACACGAUGCCAAAACAGGACAACGGCCUCCUCAGGUACCUCAAUCCUCAGCAGGACCACCUCCGCUACCACCAUCUUCGUCAUCGUCCUCCUCAAAAGUGGGAUUCCAGACUGAACCAACGCAGUUCGAGUACACAUUUCGUCGGCACAUACACCGCCAUCCUCAUGUACAUCAGUUGCCCCCUCAACACCACCUCAACGACAAGUGCCAACGCGACCUCUACAUUUGUCUCCUCCAACUCCUGGCCAACCUGGCCGAGGAACCUGUCGUUGCGUUGCUGCGCAGUCUGUCCGAAACUGAACGUGCCGACUUCCUCAAACUCCUUACGUUCGCUAUCCAGCACUUGAAAUAUCGCGGACGAAAGUGCAUCGCCAGGUUUAAUACAAUUAGUACUAGCUCAGUCACCCAGCGUGGAACAUUGGGUUCACCGCCAAAAUCUGCCACUUUGGAUAGUGAAUAUCGUGUGCUGUUGGAAGCGAAUAUGGCCACCGAGGCCGGUCUUAUUGUUCUGGAUGUUCUCAACCUAAUGAGCAACACUUUUCGAAGGGACUUAGAGACAGGAAAGCCCUCCAAUCCUGUCUUCCAAGGUAUACUUGACGUCUAUGUCUGUCUCCUCUCGACUGGCCAAUCGGAGCGCCUACUCAAGCACACCUUCGCUUCGCUUCGCGUCUUUAUCUCGCGUUUCGCCAAGGUGCUCUUCUCAGAGACUACGGAGGCACUGGCGCGGAUCUGCAUGGCGGGGUUGCGUACCUCAAACCUCAAUCUCCUACCCUGCACCGACGAAGAAGGGGGUCAAUCGCCUACCGCUCUUACCCCUGUCGUCGGCACCUCUGCCAUCACCCUGUCGUCGCACAGUAGUCGUUGCACUUUUGAUCAAGCCAGCGCAGUCCAUGUGGACAUUCUUCGACUGGAGGCUUGUGGUCUCAUCUACCACAUGUGGCGGACCAGUUUUGAAGCCUUUGAAUCGAAAGGAUUCAAGAGGGUGCAUUUGCAGUUGAUCAUCUCCCUCUCCAAACUGGUCGGUGACAUCGGUCCAGAGUUCGAAGCAAGUUUGAGUCUUCUUCACAGCCUCGCAGAGAUGGACAUCCAGCGCGGCGGUAACGGUAGUGGCAUCGAAUCAACUUACGCCCGGUCGAUAAGUCAAGGUGCCUUGCUGCAGGCCCCGCUCUGCGGUCCAACUGCUAAUGUAUUCAUGGAGGGCAUUGAGGAUCUCAUCAAGCGUAUUCGUACCGUACUCACUGCCACUGAAGAGAUGCGCCGGUAUGGUAAUGAUCUCUAUCGUAAAAUCGACCUCCAGUACUCCCUAGCCAAGUCGUAUGCCAGCAAUCCUGUCCUUCGACGGACGUGGCUAGAAAAGUUGGCUGAGUUGCAUUUGGCCUCAAAGAAUAUGGCUGAGGUGGCUAUGGCCAAGCUGCACAUUGCUGCUCUCAUGGCUGACUACCUUAACAGGAGGGGUGAAUUUCCCAAAGGCUGUGAUGCCUUCUGCAAGGUUUCAGCGAAUAUUCGACUGGAAGAAGGCUCGCUACUCUGUGAUCCGGCAAUUAUUGAACUUUCCUACAACCAGGAGGAUCUGCUGCGCGACGUGGCAGACGCGGCAACAGCGUUGGAGGCAGCAGGCUUGUUUGAGGCCCUGCAACCUGUUUAUGCCCUUGUCACGCCGGUGUACGAGACACGACGGGACUAUACGGCGCUGGCGCGCAUCUACCAUCAUCUCGGCCGUGCAUACGAGAAUACGGCACGCGCUGAAGCUUCUGGGCAGCGUCUGUUUGCCUCCUACUUCCGAGUCACCUUCUUCGGGAAAAGUUUUGAAAGUCUUGCGGGAAAGUCCUAUAUCUAUCGAACGGAGGCAUGGCAAAAUAUCAAUGUGUUUCUGCAGAAUCAAGUCCGAAUCCAUGAAGAACGUCUUGGUGUUGGACACGUGGAAAAGCUGACCGAAAAUCACAUCGAUCCCUCCAGGCUCUCGCCUGGGAAGGCCUACAUUCAGGUUACUUUCGUGGAACCGUAUAUGCCUACAGACAUCACCACUCACCGCACCUCCUUUGACCUUCACCACGAUGUCCGCGACUUCUUUUUUGAAACGCCCUUCAUCAUGCAACCAGGCAUGUCUACAGACGCGUGUCUCCUGUCUUCCGGACCGAAGCGGACGGACGAUCUGACCGCGCAGUGGAAACGACGCACGAUACUGACUACGGAAGCGGUAUUUCCACAUCUUCGCUCGCGUCUGGGAAUUGUCUCCAGCCGCGAUAUCGAUCUGUCCCCUCUGGACGCUGCAAUCGACGCGAUUCAAGUUAAAGUGCGAGAACUGACCGCCCACAUUCCGUGUGCGCCUCAGGAAAGUGCUAACGUUUCAGCUCUUCAUCUUUCGACGACAAAGAAUCAACGAGGAGUAUGCGUAACUACUGGUGCAUCUCCAGUGGGUGACAUCGGUGAAAGCUGGGUAGAGACAACCGCCAAGGGGGAAUGCAGAGUGCCCCUAUUGCUUGAUAUGCAGUUGCAGGGUGCUCUGCUGCCCACUGUAAAUCAGGGACCGAUGGCCUACGCGCAUUCUUUUCUCGCUUCCUCACGGUCCCAACUGCACCCACCAGAGAAGAUUAGUCGACUCAAACGCCUCUUCUUUGAUUUCCUCACCGUCUGUCUGGUGCUUCUAACACGGUACCGAUCGGUAAUGCUGCGCGUGCACCCGGAAAAGUAUAAUGCAAUGCAUGAUGCCUUUGACCGAUAUCGAGUGGAUUUGAGUAACCUUCUUAACGAAGAGGUGGUGGUGGAUGAGAUGCGUCUCCAGGUUGGUCCCAAGUCUCAAUUCACUUGGGCGUCGUUGACAUAA